CUGGGAGAGCUCAGGUGAGCCGGCGAACGCAUCGCCACCACCCAGCAGUAGCUAGGAUACCUGGGCACCGAACUGAUGGGACGCUCAGGCUGCUCCCCCUCUUCUGCCCUGGCUCAGUUCUCCGCUGACUUGAGAGGGCACCCCGGACAGGAACUGUGAAGAGCUGCUGAGUGUCGGUGCCCGGUAGAGGAUCUAUCCCUCUGCCUGGGGUGGGGAGCUGCGAAAGGAGCCGCCACGGAAGCCGACCAGCUGUUCUCAUGGCUCUUCAUGCGCCUGGAAUUGGGCUCCAAACCGUGCACUGGGAUGCUUGUUUUUUGUCUUGUUCAAGUCUCACAGCACAUGUUGACGAUUGAAAUUCUGGGCCAAUCAAGAGUCAAGUUCAAAGUGGUACUCCUGAGCUCUCCGUCCCAGACUCAAAGUUGAAUUUGAGUCGAGAAGAAAGGGAUCUCUUGCUCUAACUAGUGGAUCUCUGUUCGGGAACCGGACUUGACAGAACUCUCCCCACCGAUUUUUGGACUGCAGUGGCUACAGGAUUCUCUUGGGAAUGGGUGGGAUGGUGCUCUGAACACCAGACCACAGCACUCAGAAAGAACCUCGGCAAUGGACAGAGUUUAUGAAAUUCCCGAGGAGCCAAAUGUGAAUCCGGUUUCAUCUUUGGAGGAAGAUGUCAUCCGCGGGGCCAACCCCCGCUUUACCUUUCCAUUUGGCAUCCUCUUCUCCACCUUUUUGUACUGCGGAGAGGCUGCAUCUGCCUUGUACAUGGUUAGAAUCUAUCGAAAGAAUAGUGAAACCUACUGGAUGACAUACACCUUUUCCUUCUUUAUGUUUUCAUCCAUUAUGGUCCAGCUGACCCUCAUUUUUGUCCACAGAGAUCUGGCUAAAGAUAAACCACUAUCAUUAUUUAUGCAUCUAAUCCUCUUGGGACCUGUUAUCAGAUGUUUGGAGGCCAUGAUUAAGUACCUCACACUGUGGAAGAAAGAGGGGCAGGAGGAGCCCUAUGUCAGCCUCACCCGAAAGAAGAUGCUAAUAGAUGGCCAGGAGGUGCUGAUAGAAUGGGAGGUGGGCCACUCCAUCCGGACCUUGGCUAUGCACCGUAAUGCCUACAAACGAAUGUCACAGAUCCAAGCCUUCCUGGGCUCAGUGCCCCAGCUGACCUAUCAGCUCUAUGUGACCCUGAUCUCUGCAGAGGUCCCCCUGGCUAGAGCUGUGCUGAUGGUCUUUUCUCUGAUAUCUGUCACCUAUGGGGCUACCCUCUGCAAUAUGUUGGCUAUCCAGAUCAAGUACGAUGACUACAAGAUUCGCCUUGGGCUACUAGAAGUCCUUUGCAUCACCAUCUGGCGGACAUUGGAGAUCACUUCUCGCCUCCUGAUUCUGGUGCUCUUCUCAGCCACCUUGAAAUUGAAGGCUGUGCCCUUCUUAGUGCUCAACUUCCUGAUCAUCCUCUUUGAGCCUUGGAUUAAGUUCUGGAGGAGUGGUGCCCAGAUGCCCAAUAACAUUGAGAAAAAUUUCAGCCGGGUUGGCACUCUGGUGGUGCUGAUUUCAGUUACUGUCCUCUAUGCUGGCAUCAACUUCUCUUGCUGGUCAGCCUUGCAGUUGAGGUUGGCAGACAGAGAUCUUGUUGACAAAGGUCAGAACUGGGGACAUAUGGGCCUACACUAUAGUGUGAGGUUGGUAGAGAAUGUGAUCAUGGUCUUGGUUUUCAAGUUCUUUGGAGUGAAAGUGUUACUGAAUUACUGUCAUUCUUUGAUUGCCUUGCAGCUCAUUAUUGCUUAUCUGAUUUCCAUUGGCUUCAUGCUCCUUUUCUUCCAGUACUUGCAUCCACUGCGCUCACUCUUCACUCAUAAUGUGGUGGACUACCUCCACUGUGUCUGCUGCCACCGGCACCCUAGGGGCAGGGCUGAGAACGUGGAGCCAUCCUUUGAGGCUGAAGCAAGGCAAAGCAUUGUCUGAUUCUAUCUUCUGGGUAUUGUAAGAUAGGUUGGGGGUCGCCAAGAGCAACUGGGAAGUUGAAGGAGAGGAUGUGGCUUCACAAGUGAGGUACCCAUCAGGUCAUUUUUUUGAGUUUUCUGUUAAGCCAGCCUACCUGAAAAAAAAGCUACUUCCCACUAAGUUUUAUUUUCUUAAGAUUUACUGCUUUAUUUGGAUACUAAGGGUAUCCACUGUAUAGCUGGAAGGGUCAGAGAUACUGUUCACACUGCUCCUUAUCCAGGUCAGUUGAGAUAACUUACCUACAAGCACCUAUGAUCAUCUAGUUCUGCUCAUUUGCUUGAGGCAUUACUGAGCUUUUCUGGACUGAGCUUAAGGUCCCAAAUUUUACUACAAUGUGUCAUAACUGAUCAAAGGAUGUAACAGAUUACUAGCUAUGAGUACCUCCCAGGAAACAGCCUAAUGUGGAAUCCACAACUGUAAAUGUAGCUGGGGUCUUUUAGUUCCAAUGAGAAGCUCUGGCUAAGAAGGACUCCCUCCCCUAACCCCCGCCCAACUAUUAAAAGAGCUGUGCUCCAAACAAGUUAGCUCUCUGUUAGGAUUUUACUCGUUGUCAUUCAGCAAUGAUUUCUCUUUUCAGCAGCUCUUCAUAGGCACAUUCUGAGAAGGGAGCGCAGAGUAGGAUUUCUUCAGGACAUAAGCCAGAAUGAUUCUUUUUCUCAGAGACCUGCAUGGGCAUCCAACUUGUCAAGCAGAAUGACUGAAUGAAACCUCUCAGUACCUCAUUAAGAGGAAUUCUGUCCAACCUAGCUUUUCUGUGCUCUUGGCAUUUUACUACUUGAUGUGGACCUCAGAGAAGCUGAACUGUAAUUGAAAAUGUUUCUAAUGUUAAAGAAAUGAAGACUGCUUGUGUC